AUUUCUCCUCUCCCCACGGAGCCCUGGAUUUUGGGAUCUCAGACCUGGACAGAAGAUGUAGUUCUGGUUUCAGAAGCAGAGGGAGCUCCGAGAUCAAGGUUGAAUUACCCUUCCCUGGAGCGUGGUCUCCCAGCCCCCUCUUUGUUUUGAUCAGGGAAUUUUGGACAUGCACGCCUAUGCACAGAACCAGGGCUGGGAGAUCAGCAGAGGUUCUUGCAGAGGGAGUGGCAAGGCCAGCCUGACACCUCAGGGAGGCCCCGGGGUUGCCCAGCAUGACCGCUGGCUGGAGAGAGAGGACUGCCGCACUUGCUCCCAUCAGCUUCUGAAGGAAAGUGACACUGAGCCCCAGGCGACUGUUCACCGCCAAAGCAAGUGCCUUUCACCACUUCAGCUCCAAAGUCCAGAGAAGCAGAGUCAGAACGGGUGACAUGGGCAGAUCACCAGCCAUGUGGUGCAUGGUCCUGUUUUCACUUUGGGCCUGGGCUUCUGCAGAGCCUACCUUGCAUGGGGAGAUCCUGUCCCCUAACUACCCUCAGGCAUACCCCAAUGAGAUAAAGCAAACCUGGGACGUUGAGGUUCCGGAUGGGUUCGGGAUCCACCUCUACUUCACCCAUCUGGACAUAGAGGUGUCUGAGAACUGCUUGUACGACUCAGUGCAGAUAGUGUCAGGAGGCAUUGAAGAAGGGAAACUCUGUGGACAGAGGACCAGCAAGAACCCCAACUCCCCCAUUAUAGAAGAGUUCCACAUCCCAAACAAUAAACUCCAGGUGACCUUUACAUCAGAUUUCUCCAACGAAGAGCGUUAUACUGGAUUUGCUGCUUAUUAUGUUGCCAUUGAUAUAAAUGAAUGCACAGAUUUUGCAGACGUCCCCUGUAGCCACUUCUGCAACAACUUCAUUGGUGGUUACUUCUGCUCCUGUCCCCCAGAAUACUUUCUCCAUGAUGAUAUGAGGAAUUGUGGAGUCAACUGCAGCGGGGAUGUAUUCACUACGCUGACGGGGGAGAUCGCCAGUCCCAAUUACCCUGAUCUGUACCCGGAGAACUCACGGUGUGAAUAUCAGAUUCAGUUGGAGGACGGGUUCCAAGUGGUGGUGACUAUGAAGAGAGAAGAUUUUGAUGUGGAGCCAGCUGACUCACAAGGGAACUGCCUGGACAGCUUAGUUUUUGUUACAAGAGAUCGACGGUUUGGUCCUUACUGUGGUAAUGGAUUCCCUGGGCCACUAACUAUAGAAACCAAAAGUAAUACUGUUGAUAUAAUCUUUCAAACUGAUCUAUCGGGGCAAGACAAAGGCUGGAAGUUUCGUUACCAUGGAGCUCCUAUCUCCUGCCCUAAAGAAGUCUCUCCCAAUUCAAUUUGGGAGCCUGAAAAAGCGAAAUAUGUGUUUAAAGAUACGGUGAAGAUAAUCUGUCUGGAAGGAUUCGAAAUUGUAGAGGGACACUCUAGUGUAACAUCUUCAUAUUCUACCUGUCAAAGCAACGGAAAGUGGAGUAGUUCCACAGUGAGAUGCCAGCCUGUGGACUGUGGUGCUCCUGAGCCCAUUCGAAAUGGCAAAGUUGAAGAACCAGCAGAUACUUUAUUUGGUUCUGCCGUUCGCUACACCUGUGAGGAACCAUAUUACUACAUGGAACAUGAAGAAAGUGCUGAGUACCAGUGCUCUGGUAACGGGAGCUGGGUGAAUGAGGUGCUGGGCACAGAGCUGCCGAAAUGUGUUCCAGUCUGUGGAGUCCCCAGCGAGCCCUUUGCAAUGUCCCAGAGGAUAUUUGGAGGCGCCCGUGCAAAUAUUGAGAGUUUCCCCUGGCAAGUGUUCUUCCGUUCUGAAAGGGCUGGUGGGGCCCUCAUUGAUGAGUACUGGGUGCUGACAGCAGCCCAUGUCGUGGACAGAAGCUACCGCCCAACAAUGUACACUGGGUUGACCCUGCUGACGGGCUUACACGAGAAAAAGGACCAAAUGCUCACUGCCGAGCGUAUAUUUAUUCACCCAGACUGGCAGCAGGUAACUGACCCAAGUUCACGAACCAAUUUUGACAAUGAUAUUGCGCUGGUGCGGCUGAAAGACCCAGUGAAGAUGGGCCGGACUGUGUCUCCCAUCUGCCUGCCAGACAGCCUCUCCCAAUACAACUUCUCAGUAGGGGACCUGGGCAUGAUCUCGGGCUGGGGAAGGACAGAGAAGAAGGACUCAGUUUACCACCUCAGAGGAGCGGUACUACCGGUAACUGAUUUAGAGCUGUGCCAGGAGGUAAAAGAGAAAAAUCCCAAAGUGCACCCAAAGUCAUACAUUUUCACUCAGAACAUGUUCUGUGCUGGAGGAGCGGGUGUGGACAGCUGUCAGGGAGACAGUGGCGGGGCCUUCGCUGUUAAGAAAUCCCUUGAAAACAGCUCCAGAUUCUACGUCUUUGGCCUGGUGUCCUGGGGAAUCAAGUGUGGGACCUAUGGGAUCUACACCAAUGUGCAGAACUAUGUUGAGUGGAUAAGGGCGACCAUGGCGAAUAACAGUGCCCCCCUCCAGGACUGACCACGCUGUCCUCUCUGGGGGUGGCCAGGCCCCUGUGCCCAGCUCCUGUCAUCAUCCCAUCGUUUCCUCAUGACUGAGCAGAGACGGGGGAUCAUGGUUAAAACAGAACGCAGUUGUCAGGGUACCUGGCUGGAGGUCCUGUUCGGCUGCAGUUGUGAGUUUCAGGUGUGGUCUGCGGACAGGCUGGGAGGGGCACUCCUGCCUGCUGCUAUUCUCUAGAAGUUUUGUUUCUUCUUUACUUGUUUGAAAUUAUUUGCUUUUUCAUUCUCAAUGCCCAGUAUCUACUUCCAAUAAAGCAUGUUUAUAAUU